UCCGCUUCACUACACUUCACUACGCUCUCAAGAUGUCUUUACACUAUAACAUCCUAACGCCACGUAAGAUAAGGACACUCCUCAAGGAUGUCGGGCAUGACUGCAGUUUAGCAGGAAUCCUGAACUCUGAGCUGAGAGUUUUGAAGACACUGGACUAUCGUAUUUGCUGCAACACACCCCUGCUGCAUGUCGACACCCUGCUAGCCAUGUUAGACAGAUUCGUUGCAUCACUAAAGCUUGAUGAGUUGCGACGUGUUUCCAUCAAGCUGCUAGAUGCUGCCUACUUGCAGCAGACAGAGCUCUAUAACAUUCUAUUCAUUGCCGCGACUGGAAGCUCCGUCCAAUCAAAAGAGGACAGGAUUCUUCUGACGUCGGUCAAACAAGACACAUGGCUGCUGACUGCUGGAGUCAUCGUUAGCGCCACCUAUAUUGUUAAUCCAGCCGCCAGCGAAAAAGUUAUAGCGGCUUUGGAAAAGAUGGAUCAUUUAUCGAAGGAUGACAUUAUUGACUUUGCAUCGGCGCUGUUAUCGCUACUCAGAGAAAACCAUGAGCAUUAGUAAUGAAAACCCGCGCGUCGUAUAGAUGCUUGCUUGGGUAGUGCCCUUCUCCGAUUACAGCGACCUACGCACUUGCUAUGGUUGGAAUGCCAGCGACAAUAAAGGGCGCACAGAGGAAUAACGAUAACGUGACGUGUGUCGUGCGUUGUCGCGUUGUCUAGACAUCGCAGUCAGCCCUGUGACCUUUCACUACUACGAGAAGACGAGCGUGUGUGUGUGCGUGCGUCCGUCCGUCCGUCCGUCCG